AUGGCUAGUCAGAGUUCUCAGGAGGCAUGGGCAGCCCUGCUGGCCCCAUCAACUGACAGGGAGCCCACAGCAGGGGACCCCCAUGAUUACUCCCCGGUUCCAAACGUGGAUUCAAGGGAGGCUUUGGAGAAGCAGGGUGACCAACCUGAGAGCCCAGACCCGGGCUCCCAAGUAUACUUGACCCCACAGGGCCCCAACCCAGAAAUGGUCAACAAGGAAGAUAACAACACCAUCCUUGGGCUGUCCUUCCCCAGGAAGCUCUGGAUGAUCAUGGAGGAUGCGGCCUUCACCUCUGUGCACUGCAGCAACAAGGGAGACACUGUGGUCAUUGAGGCAAAUCUCUUCCAGACGGCGGUCCUCCAGCUCAGGGGCGCAGACCAGAUCUUCAAGACAGACAGCAUCAAGAGCUUCAUCCGUGAAAAGAACCUGUAUGGGUUCAGUAAAAUCUGCCCUUCGAGGUGCUCUGCAGAGAAGAAGAAGCUGAUGAUCCAUCGCAACUUCAACUUUCAGAGAGACAAGCCUCUCCUCCUGCAGAACAUCUGGAGGAAAGGUGACCCUCAGCCCACCACCAGCGCAACAACCACCCCAAAGAGAAAGAAGCGAGCGGUGGAGACCAGAUGCUCUCCUCGAUUCCAUCAUGAUUUCACCCAAGAGACGGACAAGAACGCCCAGAAUGGAACCCCAGAAACCCCCAGCCUGCACUCAUUUCUGUUCUCUGGCCUUUUAUCUGUGUGCAAUCAAGCCAGGUGGGCCAGGGGAAACCAUCUCCCCAGAGAGCAGGGUGGCCCCAGUGACGAGGGCAUGUCCAGCAAUGCCACGUCUGUACCCCUGGCUACUGCUGGAAGGGAGGAAGCAGGGGAACUGACCGACAGCCCCCCGGAGUACCCAAGUUACAAUUUGGUGAUGGCUGUGUACAAGACCUUUUACUCCACCAUGAUGGCAGCCCUUUCAGUCAUGGCCCCAGAUGAGGCCUCUGAGGCGGAGGAGUAG